AUGAGCACAACAAACACGCCUUCAGAAUAUGUGAAACUCAUUAGCGCUGACGGAUUUGAGUUCGUCAUUCACCGCGAGGCUGCAAUGCGAUCGGGAACAAUUAAGAAUAUGCUUGUUGGUCCAGCUCAAUUCAAGGAAUCUUUUGAAAACGAGAUCCCAUUCCGUGACAUAAAAGCUGUGAUUCUCGAAAUUGUGUGCCGAUAUCUCUACUACAAGUGGCAAUAUGAAGGCUGCACAACAGAAAUCCCAGAGUUCAAGGUCGAUCCUGAGGUGGUGUUGGAAACGCUGAUGACGGCUGAUUUUUUGGAAUGCUAG